AUGGUUAAGAAGGUGAACUAUGGCCCAGGCUACGGGGCCCCGGGUGCCAGGCGACCGAUGCGGGACUUCUUCGCCGCCUGGCUAGCCACCCUCCGCUCGCCGCUCCUCCCUAUGCUCCGCCGCGCGCUCUCCUCCUCGACCGGCUCCUGGGACGACCCGCUCUCCUCCGCCGCCGCGGCCGUCGAGGCCCACUUCCAGGCACACUGGUCCACGCUCGACGCCGCCGCGCGCCAGGACCCCGCGCGGGUCGUCGCCUCGGGGGGCUGGCGCUCCCCGCUCGAGCUCCCCUUCCUGUGGCUUGGUGACGUCCACCCAUCCCUCCUCACCUCGCUCCUCCGCAUGCUCUCGCCCUCGCCGCGCCUCCUCGCCGCCGCCGACCGCGUCGACCGCCAGAUCCACGCCGCCGUCCCCGCCGUCUCCGACCGCCUCCGCCGAGCCCAGAAGGCCUUCGUGUUUUGGCGCCAGGGGCAUGGUGGGAGGUAG